AUGUCUGAAUCUGUGAAACUCUACGUUUAUGAUCUAUCUCAGGGCAUGGCUCGUUCCAUGUCCAGACAACUGACAGGCAAGCAAAUUGAUGGUAUUUGGCACACUUCCGUAGUCGUAUUUGGUCAAGAGUUCUACUUUGGUCAGGGCAUCAUGACCUCAAUUCCUGGAACAACACAACAUGGACGUCCUUUAGAAAUUGUGGACAUGGGCCAGACAUUCUUGCCAUUGGAAGUUGUUGUCGAAUAUAUCGAUAGUCUUCGCUCAGUCUAUAGUGCCGAAAAGUAUCACUUGUUAGACUUCAAUUGCAAUACAUUUUCAAACGACCUUUGCCAGUUCUUGGUCGGCAAAACUAUACCUAGCCAUAUCAGUGAUCUGCCUGCUGAAUUCCUCAACACACCUUUUGGGCAGUCAAUCUUACCCAUGAUAGAGGGAAUGUUUGGGCAAUCCAAGCUGAGCAGCAGUAGCGGCAACGCAGUAGCACCACAGCAACCAUCAGCAGAAGCAGCAUCCAUGUUGCAAGGCAUCUCUUCUGCUGCGAUAUCUGCGGCACCAACAACAGUGAAUCCAGUACAAAUUGCCAACACAGCAACUGCAGUAGACGGCUUUAUCUCGGCCUACAAAGCAGUUAUUGUGUUCUUUACAUCAGCAUCAUGUCCUCCAUGUCGUAUGAUUAAGCCUGAUUUCGAAAACUUGAUCCGAGAAAAGAAUGGCGAUAGUGAGAAGAUCAAAAUAUUGGGCGUUAUAAUGGAUACCUCCAUGGCACCCGAUGCAGCGAAAUACGGUAUUCGUGCUACACCUACUUUCCAGUUGUUUUUGAAUGGACAAAAGUAUUCAGAAUUCAAGGGUGCAAACUAUGCAGAGUUGAAAAGCCAAGUGGAUAUCUUGCUGUUUGAAGCAUUUCCUCCUCAUCCGCAUAGAAAAAUUCUGCUUAGAGCUGUGGUGGAUCAACCCAAUGUGCCUAUCUUGUACUCUACACCAGGAAAAUGGGAGAUGAUCUACACUAAAUUGCACUCGUUUUUGGAGACACAAAGUAUCACUUUGGAUGCGGAUCAAAAGAGCGUGCUGGAUCAAUCCAAGGCUUUUCUGGAAAAGAAGGAUACCAACUUGAAUGCUGGUCAAUGGAAGCUGUUGGUUGAUGUAUUGUUGCAAAAGCUGACAGUGGAUCAACUCUUCCCUUUGUUUGAUAUCUAUAGGUCUUUAUUGCUAUCAAAGACUGUCUCUGAUUUCUACGUGAAUGAUCCUUCUCAAAUCGCAAGCAUUUUGGAAAUCGCAUCCCAGAACGAAACACCUGCCAAAGCAACAUGGCUUAUGAUUUUGAGAAUUGCUUGUAAUCUAUUCGCCAACACAACAUUAUCCACCACACAAUUCACUUCAAAUCUUGCGGCAUCGCAUCGUUCUCAGCUUACACAACUCUUGGUUACAAGCCUAUUGGCCUCAGAUGCUCAAGUCAGACAGGCAGCAGCCUCUUUAGCAUACAACUGCUCCACUUGCAUUGCAGUCGAGAGGUUGGAAAAGGAAAAGGGCACGUUCUCAGGUAUGGCUGAGCAAGAGGACGAUGAUUGGGAAGUCGAGCUAUCCAGUGCUGUAAUGGACGCAUUGAUCAAGGAGAUGGAUGAAGAGAUUAUUCAUCGUCUUUUGGCGGCCAUGAGUAAAUUCUUAUUCCUGGCACCUCAAGAUAGAUCCUCAGUCGCUGAUCUGCUCUCUGCAUUAGACAUUCAGCAUGUGAUUGAAGAGAAAAAGACAUCCAAAGUGAUCAACAGCAGCAAAGUGCUGGCAUUAGGGCGAGAUAUAUGUGAAUUGGUAAAGCAAAUAAACUAG